AUGUCUCUCGUUGAGAUGGAUACCGACCAAGAAGCCUUAUUGGAUCUUGUCUUGAGCAUGGAAUCAAAUAACAUUGUUUCCCUUCCAUCAUCCUUCCACGAAUCAGAGACAUUGGAAAGUGAUCAAACAUCAGUCUAUACAGAACUAAGUAACAACGUCUUUGAGAAUUUCCAAUCUCCAGAUGAUCACUUGGCAGAUUUAAGUGGUUUUAUUGACAUGGAUAACUUGCCUCAAGUUCCAUUUAGCCCUGAUGCAGCAAGCCUACCCCAGCAGAGCAGCGAUACAAACUUAAACAUCGAUUGGACAAUGUCUUAUACUACACCAAUUAUCUACGAUGUUAACCAAUCUCAAACAUCAAGGAGUGAAUCUUGCAAACAAGUCGUCAAACCUUCCUGCAGUUAUCAACUCCCUGCUGUCAAAUCAACCUUAUCAUCUCUACUCCCCAACGUGCAAUUCAACCUCCAGACUCCAGAUUCUCGUCGCUACCAGCUCCUCACAGUGUCUUCAAAACCCACCAAGCCCAAGACGCGACGCAGAGUCACCACAGCGUCUCAACGCAAGGCAGCAAACGUCAGAGAACGAAGGAGGAUGUUCAACUUGAACGAAGCUUUUGACAUCCUCCGGAAAACUGUCCCAACUUUUGCGUACGAGAAGAGACUUUCACGAAUUGAAACUCUACGUCUUGCUAUGCUUUAUAUAACAUUCAUGGCAGAUGUGCUCAGCGGAAAACAGUCAAAUGAUAGUAAUUUCACAAAACUUUUAGAAUCUGUUAACUUUGCCGGUUUGACGAAUGCUGGCCUACGCGAGUCAUGUCGUUAG